AUGGCCUCCCUCGGUUCCAGCUCCCUCGAAGCCUUUACCUCGCGCGCUCAACCCACCAUCUCCAUUGACCUUGACGGCCAGAAUGAUGGCCUGGUCAACCUCUACACCACCGGCGACCGCAUCGACGGCGCCGUGAGCAUCACCGUCACUCGCGAUGUGCGGUUCGACGAGCUGGAGAUUACCUUUGAAGGCACCACGCGCACCUCCGUCGAGCGCGUCGCCCUGCCUGGCCGCACCGGCGCAUAUCAGACCUUCCUGCGUCUGCGGCAACCCAUCCCAGACUCCGACUAUCCCAUGCCGCGUCUGCUGGAGCCCGGUCGUCGUUACAUCUUCCCUUUUACCUUUGUCGUACCCGAUCGUCUCUUGCCCCAUGCCUGCAGUCACCCCAAAUCCCACCGACAUCUGGAGCUGUCGCACACUCUAUUGCCUCCGACGCUGGGUGACGCCAUGCUGGCCCCCGAUGGCAAGUCGCUGCUGGACGAUCUGACUCCGGAUAUGUGUCGCAUCGCCUACCUGAUCCGGGUCUCGGUGUUGCGUCGUGAUGUUUCUUCUUCUUCUCCCUCGUCGACGAAAACUCUCGUCUCUGUCGCCAAAAAAGUCCGCAUCAUCCCCGCCGUUGCUGAAGAACCGCCUUUGAACCUGGCCGACCACGAGGACGACUACUGCGCUCGCAAGGAAAAGGACGUCAAGCGCGGUCUUCUACGAGGCAAACUGGGUCGCUUAGUGUUAGUCGCCUCGCAGCCGAAGCCGUUGCAACUCCUCCCAACCCCAAACCAGGGUGAGGAACAAGAAAAGAAUGCCAUCAGCACAUCUACGACGCUUCAUCUCCGGUUCGAUCCCGUGGGUGAUGAGCCCCCGCCACGUCUAGGCACCGUGUCGAGCCAUCUGCGUGUGUCGACUUUCUUCGCCGCGGAACCCUGGCCGGAUUAUCCGUCGCCUGCGAAUGCGUUGAUGUGGGCAUCCGGCCGUGGCGGUUACACCGAUACGGUUCCUCUGUCGUCGCGUUGCGUCGCCUCAUCUUCAUGGACUGUUCAUUCUGAUUCUCCUUCAAUCGAUGAUUCUGACUCGUCGCCUCGUCGAUGCUCUUCCUCUUCCUCUUCCUCUUCCUCCUCUACCUCUACCUCAGGAUCUUCCAGAUCAGGAAGUAUAGACCCAUCAUCCGCCUACACGGGAAAAACCUACUACACGGCAUCCAUCAUGGUGCCUAUUUCCCUCCCCACAGAUAAAAACCUCGCCUUCGUGCCCUCAUUCCACUCGUGUCUCGUGUCUCGCGUCUACGCCCUCGAUCUGCGCGUCUCAUAUCACCCGCCCAACGCGACCAUCGUGACGCCCUCGGCUUCCCUGCGUCUCCCGGUGCAGAUCACCUGUGCGGUGCGGGACGCUGUCUCCUUGAAGGAGAGGGCUAGGGCUCAGGUGCGUGAGAUUGAGGUUUCUCAGGAGGAGGUGGAAGAGUUUUUUCGUCCGAGGGGAGUUAUAUCCCAUCAGAUACAGGUAGAGACUCAGGAAGACGCUGAGACAGAGGAGGGACGGCCGCCAGAGUAUUCGGAGGUGAGGAUGGCGUUGUCGCCGGAUCGGUCGACGGAUUUGGUGUCUUCUGUGAGGGCUUAUUAA